AUGAAAGUAUUAGGAUCAAUACAAUUAUAUAGAGAGUUCAUUCGAUUGUCUUAUAGAUUCCCAGUUGAAAGCAUUCGACAGAAAAUAAGAUUGAAUACAAAAGAGAUGUGGCAGUUAAAUCAGCACGAGACUAAUAAAAUAAACAUCAACAACUCAAUUACAAAAGCAAGAAAUAUAUAUACACUCCUUCAAAAGUUAGUCAAUAGUAACAGUGCAGCUAUGAUAUUCUCUAACGAUUUACAUAAGAAAAAGCAUAAUAAGAAAUAA